AGGCGCCGCGGCCGCGAUGGUGUCUGCCGCCGCCGGCGUCUGGCCGCGCCUCCUGCACACGAGCCUGGUGUUUGGGAGCGGGUGGGUGCCGCGCGAGUGCGCAAGGUGCAGGGGCGGCGCGGGCCGGGGACGCGCCAUUCGUUCGGACAGCGGUCCGCUGCUCAGUGCCGACGAGUGCCGGCGUGAGAUGCCCGGCCCCGUCGCGGCGACCCUCGCGUCGCAACUCACCGCGGCCGGGCUGCAAGGCGUCGACGGCGGCGACGCGUGCACCCGCUCGAGCUAUUUGGACGAGCCGCCGGAGAUGGACGCGUACCACACGCUCAUGGACAUCCUCCGCGCUCGGCUGACCGCGCCGCCCGCGCCAGCGGAGCCUUGGAUGGCCCAGGCAGCCGGUUCGGGGCACAACCAGUCCAGCUACUUCCGCGCUCGCGCGCACUGGUACACUCUUCAGGUCGCCGCGGACCCCGAGAGCAUGCGGCCGGUCGAGGCCAUCGCCCCGGCGCAGGCACGGCGCGAUGCGUUGCGGGACGCGUGGCGGCAGCGAGCCGCGGGGAGGGAGCGGCGACCAUUCACAUCGGAUCAUCCGGCGAAACGCAAGACCAAUCAUCUCGUGCCUUAUGGGCACUGAAAUAAAUUAUCUAACU